CAACACAGCGGUCACAGUAAAUUGCCGACUAUGCGUUCUGUUUCUGUGUUAUUUAAUCUAGGGCUAAUAAAGAUAUUAAAAAUUAAUUUGCUUCGAAAAAACUAGAAUAUCUACAACCGCUUUAACACACCGCUUCCUUGCGAAUUGUUUACUGAAUCAUUGUUUUUUGAUAAAUUGUACAUUGAACAGCCAGCCCAGGGCGUGGUGCCUGUCUGUAAUACUGGCCAAUUCCCUGUUCUCGAUUUUCCGUGUGUGAGCUUGAGGGAUUUAAAAUUCAUUUAAUAACAAAAUAUUUUUCACUCCUCUGUGCACCGCUCUGGACAUUUGAACUUGUUUAUCCCGUUUCUGAGUGUUUUUCACGAUUUAUAAGGGGAACAUUUUUGAUUCAUUAAGCCCUGUCCUCUACAUCCGGGCUGUACUGGUUGAGAUUUUUCUAGACGUCCAUUAAAUUGCAUUUAUUGAACAGUGGGAAGUGUUCUCAAUGGUAUCAUUUGGUCUGUGCAUCGCACACUUGAAACCCAAUGCUCAGUCUGGCAGACAUAUGUAGCGCCAACAUGCUUACUCGCAUCCCGCGUGCAGCGACUGGAUGAGGUGAGCGGCACCGUUAUCAUUGUGCAUGAUCAGAAUUUCCAGGUGAACUGACAGGGAACAGCUUUCUGCACCACGGUCUUUCAGUUAUGAUAAGAUUGUCCUGGUUUGUGUUGGCUGACGAUCCAUUCAGUCAAGCGUGCUGUUGAUUUUAUUGUGAUCAGCGAUCUGAAGCGCUGCUGCAUUCCUGGUUGAUCCAUAUUUGUGUGUAAAUUAUAUGCUGAGAAUUCUGAUUCUGUGACGAGUGGAUAGAGUUUUUUCUCUCCCUGUAUUAUUGAUCAUUACCUCAUACAUGUUGCCAAAAUAGAAGCAGAUCAGCAUCGAUCAGGCUGUACUCUGGGCAGGGGAGUACGUAAUCGCGGGGAAUUGGUCUAAUUACGGAAGUGCCAAUUAGAGCGGGGAUAGCGCUAAUUGUGCAAUUACAGCAUGACGGCGUUUACGGGCACCCUGAAGCUGCGCAUCGUGGAGGCGACGGAGCUGAAGCCGACCGAGUACGCGAUUCGACUGCCUGGCACCAAGAAGACGACUCUGGAUCCCUACGUGUCCAUCGCCAUCCAGAAGGGCCAGCCCGAGUGCUUCAAGACCACCACCAAGUCCAAGACCUGCACGCCCGUGUGGAAUGAGGAGUUCUGCGCGGAGGUGCAGGGCGGCCAGGCGCUCAGUCUGGCCGUCUUCGAUGAUCGGCCACUUCCGCCCGAUGAGUUUGUCGCCGACUGCACCAUAGCCUUCGAUGACAUGAUCGGCCAGACUGUUUCCGAUGUUUGGUUUGAAAUGGAACCCAGUGGUAGAAUACACGUUGUUAUGGAACUGCUGGGAUCGACUUCUGAUGCAGUCGACAAUGCCCCUGCAAGCGCAACAACAUCGCCCCGAGUUUUCAAGGAACGGCAGGGCGUGGUGUUCAACAAGCGUCGCGGUGCUAUGCGUCGCCGAGUACACGAAAUUAAUGGGCACAAAUUCAUGGCCACAUUUCUUGGCCAGCCAACGUUUUGUUCACACUGCAAGGAAUUUAUAUGGGGCGUUUUCAAGAAGCAAGCAUACCAAUGCCAAGUGUGCACAUGUGUCGUGCACAAGCGUUGCCAUGAAUCGGUGGUAUGGAAAUGUCCUGGCAUGAAAGAGUCAGCUGCAGAAGAUACGUCUUCAUCACGAUUCAGUAUUAAUGUGCCACACCGGUUUUCGGUUCACAAUUACAAACGGCCGACAUUUUGUGAUCACUGUGGCUCGUUAUUGUAUGGAAUCAUGAAGCAGGGACUGCAGUGCGAAACUUGCAGACUGAACGUUCAUCACCGGUGUAAGAAAAAUGUGGCCAAUAAUUGUGGAAUUGAUACGAAAGCAAUGGCAGCUGUUCUCUUGGAAAUGGGUCUGCGUCCAGGCGCUUCUGCCCGACCCAAAAGCGUCAAGCCGUCAUCCGAUGGACGCAAGUUAGGUCCUCGACAAACUUCCGCUGGUGGUAGCACGGAAUCCCAACCGAAUAGUGCUCCUGUUGGUGGAUUACAGCCUCCGUUCUCUAAGCCUAAGUCUGGAUCAUUGCCAUCAGCUGUUCCGUCCACAGAAGAACAGACACUUCGGAGCCUGGAAAUUGCCAAAACACUUGCUGGACAAAGCAUCAGAACGACCGGGCGUUUUGGAUUGCCGGAUUUUAAAUUUUUGAAAGUCCUUGGAAAGGGCAGCUUCGGAAAGGUUAUGCUCGCCGAACUUGUUAGUAAACCUGAACCAGGUGGUAGUGGCGAGGAUCUGUACGCCGUGAAGGUGCUGAAAAAAGACACAAUUAUUCAGGACGACGAUGUCGAAUGCACUAUGACGGAGAAACGCAUUUUGGCUCUGUCAGCGCGACAUCCUUUCCUAACUGCGCUAUAUUGCUGCUUCCAGACAGCUGACCGUUUGUUUUUCGUCAUGGAAUAUGUGAACGGUGGAGAUCUGAUGUUCCAAAUUCAAAGAGCUCGCAAGUUUGAUGAGCCACGUGCGCGGUUUUACGCUGCAGAAGUGGUUUUAGCACUUCAGUUCCUUCAUCGUCACGGAGUAAUUUAUCGUGACCUCAAACUUGAUAAUAUUCUACUGGACAACGAGGGCCAUGUUAAGUUGGCUGAUUUUGGAAUGUGCAAGGAAGGCAUAUCUGACGGGAACCUAACAUCAACAUUUUGCGGCACACCAGAUUAUAUUGCUCCAGAAAUUCUCCAAGAGUUGGAAUAUGGCUCUUCGGUAGAUUGGUGGGCGUUGGGUGUUUUGAUGUACGAAAUGAUGGCUGGGCAGCCGCCUUUUGAGGCUGAUAACGAAGACGAUUUAUUUGAAUCCAUACUUCACGACGAUGUUUUGUAUCCGGUGUGGCUAUCCAAAGAGGCAGUUUCCGUUCUUAAAGGAUUUAUGACAAAAAACCCCGUGAAACGGUUGGGAUGCGUCCAGGUCCAAGGCUACGAAAAAGCGAUCUUGGUCCAUCCGUUCUUUCGAGAGAUUGAUUUUGAAUCUUUGGAGCAACGCAAAAUCAAACCACCCUUCAAGCCAAAAAUCAAAUCGAAGCGAACAACAGAGAAUUUUGAUCCGGAAUUCACCAAGGAAGAUCCCGUUUUAACGCCCAUUGAUUCCACCAUCGUACAAGGCAUCAAUCAGGAAGAAUUUGUGGGAUUCUCUUUUGUUAACGACGAUUUUCUUGGCGAUAACAAGCGCAACUCCAUGGCUAGCAGUGCGUCGGGCAACAGCAGCGUAACGAAUAAUUCUAACAGUAAUUCGAUGGAUGCAUUGUUAAGUUGAUUCCGAAUGGUGUGGCCGAUGUUUCUUAUCCGCUCAAAGAAUUUGACGAUUUUCUCUCACCUUCGCACCACUGGAAUAGGUUGCCCAAAGUAUUGCAGAUAUUCAGCCAAAACAAAGAAAUGAUCGGGACAGCCGUCAGAGAAUGUAUUUUGCUAAUUAUUGCUCUUUCCAAACACUCAUCUGGCCAUCACGAGUCCUACGUUUCCAGUGCGGUUGUCUCUCGUGGUUAUUUAGUCCUUUGGACGUUCUUGCCGGUUAUUCGAAGCGUUAGUGUAGUUUGUGAAAACUGCACGUGGCCAUCGAGUUUGGAGCGGCGUUUGCGCUACGCACUCGUCGGAACGAUGUCGUAUAGUCGUAAAAUUAAUUUUUUCUCCUUGUUUUUUGUUUUACUUUCUUACCGUGUUAUGUUCUCCCGGUCGCAAGUAGAACUUUGUGAUUUAUCGAAAGAAGGCUUAUGAUUCUUCUACCGACUCAGUAAGGAUUUUUACAAACUGGUUUUUCGUUGUUUUUUUUUCUUGCUUUGUGUUUUGCAUGAGGCACUUUUAUUUGUCGGACAGUUUGUCAUACUGUUGCACGGUGUAGUCGUUACGGCAUUUGUUGUUCUUUAUUUUGAAUGGAUAAUAUUGUAUGUAUAGAGUGUACCGUCAUAACUAUUUGUUACGAAAAUUAAGGACAGAACAAUUAAACCGCUAACGCG